CGCGGCACAAUCGAUUGGACAAAGUCAAUCAUCUGUGCCGGCAGGUCGCAGCGACCGUGAAUCCGUGGACAUCCCGUGCAGUCUCAGUGGGACCCCGACGCGCGAGCCGUGCACUUCCCGGCUCAACCAGCACGAUUUCACUGACAGUGAUUUAAUGCGACAUAUCUAAUCUGAUAACGAAUAUGCACCGCUGUUAUUAACCGUAAAAGGCUUUAGGAUAGAACCACAAUGUAGAGGUGCCGACCCGUCGGAGGAAAAUGAAAGAGGGCGGUCGCGAGGAGGAGCCGACCAAUGCGGCGGCAGCGGCACCGGGCCCGGGCAUGCGCACCGAACACACCUGCUGCUGCCUCGGCGUGUUGGUGGGCGUCUCGCUCAUCGCCGCCCUCGUAGCUGUGAUACUGAUGAAAGACUCUACUGUAGAGAUCACAGCUUUGCGGCAAGUUCACGUGCUAAUGUCGCACGGCGAACGUACGCCGAGCGAGCACGAACUAGCAAUGCUCGGGGCGCCCCCGCCUGACCACGUGUUCGCACCCUACGGCGCCGGCGCCAUGACCAACGAAGGUAAAAUGCUAACCUUCGAAAUGGGCGCAUUACUUAGAAAACGAUAUAACGAAUUUCUCGGGCCCUAUUACGAUCCUGAGACGAGCAUCGUGAUAGGAUCGGAUACGGACCUGAGCAAGAUGACAGCCCUGCUGAUAUCGGCUGGGCUGUGGCCUCCACCGGCAGAACAGGUGUGGAACGAAACUCUUCCAUGGCAACCAGUGCCGUACACUUAUCCUUCGAGACAUGAGGACUACCUGCUAUACGAAGAGAACUGCCCGCGAUACCAGCAAGAAAAGCAAAGGAUCCUGAAGGCAUUCACUGAGGAGAGUCUCUUAGCGCCCUACAGGGAUCUAUUUCACAAGAUCGCUCAGAUGACUGGGACCAACUUCAGCACGCCGCAGGACGCGUACCACAUGCAUAAUCUGUUUCUGAUACAGGACGAUAUAAAAGUACCAAAUCCGAAGUGGGCGAAGCAUGUGAAGAGAAAACUGAUGGACGUAGCAAGGCUGGAGUACUCAAUGAUGUUCCACAACAAUCUGCUGCGGAAACUAAGUGGUGGGGCAUUACUGCAACAGAUUAUAAAGGAAGCUGUCUCGAGUACCGUAGAUAAGACUAGCCCUCGAGUCAUAGUACGGACUGGGACACCAGUGUCUGUCGCAGCCCUAUUAGCCGCCUGCGUAGCGCCGCCGCCACGUCUGCCCGACCCGGGAGCGGCUCUGCUGUUCGAGCUACACGAAAAGCUACCUUCUAACCAGAGCAAGAAGGAUCAGAAAAACUUGACUGACGGACAGAGAUUCGGGUUAAAGAUAUAUUACUGGGACGACGACUCGGCUGAGCCUCGACUAAUGGAGGUACCCGGUUGCAACGCCUUCUGCCCAUUAGAGACGUUCACCGAACUUACCAAAUACAUAGUUUCACACGACUAUAAUAAAGACUGCACAGUGGUUCCUAUGGCAUAGUUUAACAUUGCAGGUUUAGUUGUAAAGUAUGGACGUAAUUGAU